AGUCCGAGUCACAGCGUGUAAAAAAACGGGAUCCCGUACACAAGAGCAGAGCAGAACUGGAUUUACUUGUCCUGUACUCGCCUAAACACGAACCGAGUGUGCGUCGUAUCCGGGGGUCACACCAAUACGUGUGGAUAUUCCAUAGAAACAUGAAGGGUCUGAUCAGAUCGUGUAUCGUGCCCCACAUAGUGCUAGUCUUCAUCUGCACCUCCUGCACAGCUCUACCUGCCGUCGUUCUAGACGGGAACCUGGACGACUUGAGAAAAAGGACUGAGAUACGUGAGAGAAGAGGCGGUCUCCGUCAGCUCUUCGAGAACUAUUCCCCUCGCGUGAGGGAUAGCGUACUGUUGCCAGAGGAUUCGAUGGAGCCCAAAGUGGGGAGACCAACACCUCACAGAGUUGUCACCUUAGAAAUGUUUAAUUUCACAGACCUUGUGUCGUCACCGUUAUUUAUGUCCCCUCAUUUGUCGUUCAGACGAAAGACAUCACAUCCUUCUCAUGGACAAGACUUGAAUCAGGAGGUUAGAAAAACGUUACAGGGUAGGGCGAGAAGCAAACGCAUGGCAGGGCAAGAACAAAGUGUGUGUGACGAAAUCCAGGAAUAUGCGGUCUUCAGCGAACCAGUAAAAGACCAGCUAACCGGUCAAAAUGUCACUGUAAUAGACGUCUUUAGUACUAGAGACUUAAAUGACGGAGAGUAUAUACAUCAGCUUUUCACGGAAACCAAAUGCAACCUUAGCCAUGAAUCUGAGACAUCAAAAGGGUGUAGAGGCAUCGACAAGACUCAUUGGACGUCGUCUUGUGUGGCCAAGAAAUCGGUCGUUCCUGCUAUUGUGGAAUUGGCUAAUGGGAAACUCCGACAUGCGUCCAUCCUCCUUAGUACUUCAUGCAACUGCGCGUUGAAAAAGAAAGACUUUGUUAAGGAGGAGCCUACCAUGUGUGAUGUCUGGAAGCAAAUGUUGACUACAGAGCAGGAAAAAGCAGAGGGGGAGGGGCAAGGGAGAGGGGAAGUAGGAGAGGCGGCAGGGGACAGCGUUGAUGACAACAACGGGAGAAAAAGCGAGACCACUACCGCAUCAGGCAGCGCAGAGGACGCCGAGGAAAGAAAAGAAAGAAGAAGACACCAAAGGCCAACGAGCAAAGAGAGUCGGAAGAGCAGAAGGAGGCGAAGAAGAAGACGACAGAGAUCAAGGGAGAAAAGAAUAAGACGUAGACAAGAUCAUCCUCCGACAGACUUAGCCUCCCCUGACACACAGACUAAUAGAAGAUCCAGACAUGGUUCCAACUAGACUAGCGACCUCAGUUCGUAACACUUGUUGCCAAAGAUUUUACUUCUUAUUACCUGUCUCCUGAAUAGUUAUCUCUUUAAUUGAAUGGUUGAAGAGAGCGAGGUGAAAAGACCACUUUCAACAAUCGUGUUGGAUACUUAAGAACAUGCAACUUUGUUGGGAAAGCUCCAACAGCCCACGUUGGUGUUGGCACUGGCUGCUACGAUGUACAAAAGAUACAAAGGAAAGAAAGACCUGAGGAGAAUUUGAGGUCCUCAUUCGGAUUUGUGUUGAUGGACCUCACCAGUACCCUACCUGCAAUCCCGUACACCUGAGGAUGUACCCUGUAGAGACAAGACAUUGGGGGAAGAAGAUACGUCGAGAGACAACUGUCCCACUGUAAAACAUCAAUUAUGGGUUGCAAGAUUACAAGAUGGUGCCCCGAGGUAGGGUCAAGGGUCAAACCGCCAUGGGACAUCUCAUGAGUGCCCCAGCAGGGCGCCAGCAGGGCACAGCGGGUGUUGUCCGUCACCAUGGAGACGUAAGCUGCCUAGGGGUGUCCCUAAGUCGGGUUUUGAUGUGCGGCAACAACGCCUUUUUAAACACUAGACACUUUAUUACAGAUAGAUGUUGAACAAAUGUACGUGCCUAUCUAGUUUGUAUGUCAAAGGUGUUUAGUCUAUACGAUUUUCUAAAGACUCAAAUCCUCCACAGUAUAGAUAGGUAAAGAAGUUCUUGUUAUUGUCAAGAGGUA